UCGUCCACAUGAUGACGUCAUACAACGCGACAGCUACUGUAGCGCUUUGUGAAACACUACGGACGCAAGAGUGUUGCUGAGUGAACAAGUUAAGAAACAAUCCCAUCGCCAACAGGUAGGCAUCCUAGCCUGCUGAGAGCUCACCUGAACUUUGGUGAAAGGAGCCUUUAGAAGACACAAAUGGUCAUUUAAACCACAAAACCUAAAGAUUAGUGAAGACGGCUUGUGUGAGAAGUUUGUGUCAAGGAGCUCCAGGAAAGGAAGAUUUGAGAAAGACAUUGCUGCUCUGUCUGGUUUAACACACAAGUUUCCUAAAGUAAUACAAACAUUCUCUCAUGAGGAUCUCCUCAAGAUCACUGAGUAUUACAAGCCCUACCUGGCUUAUGGUAUUGACUACAACAUCACGAGUAUCCUACAGAACUUGGUCACCAAGAACAUCCUCACUAACGAUGAGGCCAAGAGAUUCAAAGCCAAAGAAAAGUCUGAGGGGCGAGCAGGUGUGGAGUCCUUCAUCAGUGACAUAAUGAAGAUGGAUAGUGUGGUACUGGUGAGCCUGUGGGAGGCACUGGCUGAAGAAUUUACGAGAUUUCCAUCACCAAACCUGACAAGAAUACUGAAGGAGGACCAGACCACUUGAUGGACAUUCAGGCCAGUCUCCAGCCCACUCACAUUGACACUCAUAUUCAAGCCUAUGGUCAUGUCGUCUCACCUCCAUAUGUUGUUCAGCUCUCUCCUCAGCUCUUUCUUCUCCACACUCAUGACUGACUGAGUUGAACCUGAGCGACAACAACAACAGCAUGGAGGAUUCAGGAGUUGAUCAUCUGUGUCAGGAGCUGAGGAGUGAAAACUGCAAAUUAGAGAAACUGCACCUGUCUUGUUGCGGUCUCACCUCCAGAUGUUGCUCAGCUCUCUCCUCAUCUCUUUCUGCUCCACAAUCACAACUGACUGAACUGGACCUGUGUAGCAACAACAACAUGGAGGAUUCAGGAGUGGAUCAGCUGUGUGAGGGGCUGAGGAGUGAAAACUGCAAAUUAGAGAAACUGAACCUGUCCUUUUGUGGUCUCACCUCCAGAUGUUCCUCAUCUCUCUCCUCAAUCUUCUCUUCUCCACACUCACAGCUGACUGAACUGAACAGAAACAAACUGAGAGAUCCAGGAGCUCGUCAGCUGUGUGAGGGUCUGUGGACCCCAAACUGUAAAUUAAAGACACUGAGGCUGAGUCGUAACGAGAUCGGUGAGAGUGAGAAGACGAACCUGAGGUCACUACAGGAUGAGCUGAACAGGACUGGACGGCAGGUGAAUAUCAAGAUAUGAGAAGACUGGACCUACUGAUCAACUGACCCCUGUGAUGACGCCCCCUGUCCACUCUCUCUGAAUUCUCCUCUUUAUUCUUUUAUAAUCCCCUCAGCUCUCCUCCAUAUUUAAUAAACUCUCCAUGUCGUCUUCUCA